UCUCUACCUUUCAUUUUCCCUAGCGUUUAAACUUUCACCUCGCAGGCACCAGAUCUCACAGAAGGCGGGAAAAAUACCUCAGAUUCCAUACUUUUAAAAAUUCAAAUAGGCGAGAGAGUGAAAAAGUGGAAGGAUAAUCAAGAUCUAUUAGAAUGGAAGGUACAGAGAGUGAAAAAGUUUUUGAAGAAUUGAAUCUGAAUCCUCAACUCUUCGUUAAUGAAGUCAUUAAUAGAAUUGACGAUACAGUCGACGGUGCUUUCGAGUUUUUCCAAGAAGAGGCACUGAAGCUUGUGACGGAAGAUGAAUCAAAUGAGCUAAAGAAGGGCAUCUCUUCUAUCCGCAGUGUUGUUCAAGGAGCUUUAGACAAACAAAUAAAUUUGUGGGAGAAAUACUGUCUUCGACAUUGUUUUGUUGUUCCUGAAGGAUUUACAUUGCACAAAGCUAACACUUCUGGUGACUCUUUGAUGGAAGACAAUCUACUUGCUGAUGCAGACUUAGACGAUCAGUUGAACUCCGUGAGGGAGAAGCUUCAUGCGGCUGGAAAAGAGUCAGCUGAGCUGCAGAGGGAGAUCCAUGGAUUAAAGCUCCAGAACGAUUUAAGCCAAAAAAAUUCUGAGGCAGUUACAGAGGCUUUGCAACCAUAUGAACAAAAUUCUGUUCAUGAAUCGUUCGAAGAGAUGGUUAGAGCAGCAGCAACACUCCAUGAGAAAUUGGCAAAAAUGAAUGCGAAAAGAAGGGAGGAAUUUGAACGCAUUAGGGAAGAGCAGCGUAAGGGUGAAGAAUUUAAUGCGAUAACUUUUGACUCAACAGAAGGACAGUAUAUCAUGCAGCAGCAGAGUAAAGGUCUCCCAGCAGUGGAUUUACAACUUCUUGGAGAUUUUAUUGCUGAUUUUACGAACAUCUGAACAGUUCUAGAACUUGCCGUACAUUGCAUGUAUGUUUCUCUCUGAUGAAAAUCAUGCAUGAUUCACUAAUAAUGAUAACUACAGGUGUUAACUGGAACCAUGGUGCUGAUAUUGUAAAAGGUUUUGCCACUAAAUUCCUUUAGGAUUUAGUUGUUUUUUGGAUAAUUGUCCUUGUACAUGCUUACAGAUAUAAUGAAUUGGUUUGGUAGGGAAAUUUGUGAUCAGAAGUCUUUUGCUAAAAAUCUGAACUUAUGAGCUGACUCUUUUUAGCAGACUAUGCCAGAGUAGUAGUAUAGUAUGUUUGAUGUUCCUGCCUUUUUGGAUGCUUCAUCUGUAAGGAUACUAUCUCAAACAUUUGAAACUCUUUGGUUUUAAUGAAUAGUUGAUUUUACCA